AAAACUCCCGAGGCCAAACACCCUCUCGCAGUUAUCUCAGAACUCUUUACGCCUCCCAACCCUAGGCCUGUCGAUGAAAUAAAAGACUACAUUUAUCUGGCGGGAUUUUUACUGUCUUGAGAAUGUUGUUACCCACUGCAAGACGGCGCAUUGGCGUCCCACAACUGCCUGGCGCUCGUCGCCGAGCUCUUCCUCCUCGUCGCAGCUUGAUCCCUGCCCCGCGCUCCAAUUCGGGCCCCCUCAUGGAGCGUCGAGCAGAUCGAGAAUUGCCGUCUGUCAACAGCGAGAGCCGCUGGCUCCGCACACUGCCACUCUUCGCGGUUGUUGUGGGCGCGGCUAUGCUGGGUAUAUUCAAUUAUCAGAAGUCAUCUUCAAGCGUGGUCAGCAGCACACUGUAUGCCCUGAGGACCUCGCCGAGAGCCCGUGAGAUUUUAGGGAAUGAGAUCUACUUCGCCCAAAAAAUCCCAUGGAUCAGUGGUGAGAUGAAUCAGCUACAUGGACGCAUUGACAUCUCAUUUUGGGUCAAGGGAACCAAAGGGCAAGGCAAGAUGAGGUUUCGGAGUAUUAGACCCAACCGCAUGAGCUAUUUUUGCACAGAAGAAUGGAGCCUGGAAACAGAAGACGGAACAGUGGUGCAACUCCUUGACAGUGAUAUCGACCCGUUUCGGCACAGCAACUAGGGAAAUAAUGCUGAGGUUGUGGCGUACAUUGUAUUUUCUAUGUGGUACACGGUGUCUGGGAAUCUUUAUUUGUAGAUAUUUUGAGAUCUAUGUGCAUUGUGCUCAGGCGUUCGGUCAUUGGAGGGCUUCUCUGUUCUUUCCUUCGCCACUCUUUCGGAUUUCGACAUCGAGGUUCAUAGCACGGCAGGAACGAUAUGGAAGCAGCAGUUUUGAGUGGAUGAAAGAGAUCUGAUCUGAUAUGGAUAUCAUUUACAUGUCAAAUAAAAAUGUCGCUCUAUGGAGGAAAAAAUAGUAUGGUGUUAUGGUACAU